ACAACAACAGCAACAACAACAGCAACAACAACAGCAGCAACAACAACAGCAACAGCAACAACAGCAGCAGCAACAGCAGCAGACACAGCACACACAGCACACACAGCACCAGCAGACCCACCACCAGCUCCUGCAAUACCAGACUGUGCAGCUACACCAUCAGCAUCCACACCUUCAAGUGGCACAGCUCCCUCAGGACCAGACAGGUCAUCAGUUGCAAGGGAUGCAGCUCCAACAUCAGCAGCAGCAACAUCAUCACAUUCCAGUUGUAGCUCUUCACCAGAUGCCUCAGCAGCACCACCACCAAAUGCACCAGCAUUUGCAACAUCAACAACACCUCCUUGCUGAACAGCACAUUCACCAGCAACAACAUCAUCAACAGCAACAGCACCAUCAACAGCAGCAGCAACAGCAGCAACAGUCACAGCCGAAUCACAUCCCAAUUCAUCACCAGCAACAGCAGAAGAAUCACGUGAAUCCAAUCAUAAAUCCAACAGUGGCUCAGCUGGAGCAACCUCAGCAGCAGCAACCUCAGCAGCAGCAACCUCAGCAGCAGCAUCAACCUCCAUCACAACAACCCCAACCACAAUCGCAACAACCCCUCAGCAAGCCCGCCACCAACGACAACACUUUGGUCUUCGUCGACUGUGAUAUAGACAUCGAGGAUUGUGACUGCAACCUCAUAAGCGAUCCUCCUGCCUCAAUCAAAGACACGUCUCAUGACGAGGAACUGGAAGAGUGCCCGGAGAUGGUGGAAGAAGAAGAGCCUAAAAUCUCAAGCUCGGAAGUCAGCCAGAUCACCUCCCCAGAGUCAGUGGACAUAGGCUCCGUUGGUAGUGGCGGCCAUCAGAAGGACGACAUAGGAAUCCACAGUCAAGACGUUAUUGACGAAUCUCCGGACAGCCACAACCAAGAGCACACAAGUGGUCAAGGAUAUAUUGCUGAAACACCAGAAAGCAACGAAGCUGAGAACUCACCAAUUGUGUCCUCAACUGUUGUUCAAGAUGAGCCAAGAAAAGUAGAGGAAGCAACUGAAUAUCACAAACCUACUCUGUUGGCUAAGAACGUCAAAAGCAAAAAACAUGCAAAGUUGCAGAUUUGUCGUCAGUGUGACCAGGUGUUUUCAAAUCGGCAGGCACUAGUCAGACACAUUGAACGAAGGCAUAAAGCUUAUGCAUUUCAUUUUAGCUGUGAUACCUGUCGUAAAAAAUUCAGCUCUGAGAGGGCACUUACCAGACACGUUCAGCUUCACAAGACAUACCCAUGUAAGUUAUGUGAUAAUAUAUUCUUCAGGAAAGCUAAACUCAAGAAACACCUGGAAGAUCAUACACAAGACAGCUUGGCUUGUAAAGUGUGCUCAAAAGAGUGUACAUCUCUCCAGGCUCUUAUAUCUCAUAUGAAAACUCAUACACAGAAAAAGAAAGUAAACAAAUGUAAUGUGUGCUCCAAAAUAUUUGCAAACAACAGGAACCUGAAAGUGCAUAUGAGAACUCAUACAGGAGAGAAACCAUUUGUUUGUGAGAACUGUGGAAGGAGUUUCAGCCACCGUAGCAAUAUGCAAACACACCAUGACACCUGUACUGGUCAGUUCAGUCAUAGAUGUCAGAUAUGUGGAAGAGGCUUUGCUUUGGAAUCUGUUUAUCGCAGACACCUGGCUGAACAUGAAGGGCAUUAUGCCCAUCACUGCUCUAUUUGUGGCAGAGGCUUUAGCAAAGCAUCUGGCCUUCAAGCUCACCUAGCCACACACAACAGUCAGAGACCUACUUAUUCAUGUCAGGUUUGUGGUCAGACUUUGUCAACACCAUCUAGCUAUGCUUCACACAUGGCCAGCCACACAGGUGAAGGUGGAGCAGUAUGCCCUGUGUGUGGCAAAACUCUGGCUAGGCGAGCUGAUCUUCAGGACCACCUGCAUCGUCAUACAGGAACCAAAACACACACCUGCUCCCUCUGCAGUGCAACCUUCUAUUAUCGCUCCAACCUCAAUCAUCAUGUAAGGACAACCCAUAGAUUGCUAAGGCCUCAUACCUGCACUUUCUGUGACAGAUCUUUUGCCUCAAGUUAUAAUUAUAAGUUGCACCUUCGCACACAUACAGGUGAAAGGCCCCAUCAGUGCAAGUCCUGUGGAAAGGCUUUUACUACUAAAGCUAAUUAUAAUCGGCACCUGAAGUGUCACAUGACCCAGGCAAUGGCUCCUCUUGGUGCUGAGACAGAAUGAGUGCCAUAUUAUUAUCUAGCUCUUAAAUUUUCUUGGUGAAUAUGUCUUUAAAAAAUGCAUUUGGCACAAAACUCUUCAUAAAUGCUACAAUGUUCUCAUAUCACAACACCUUUGGAAUAUUAUAAAUUUUCUUACUUUGAUAACAGAAAUAAAAACAAUAACCACACUACCUUUACAAAAUGUAUUUGUAGUAUGUAAUUUGAUAUAAUUACUUCAUACUGUAUGCUUAGUUAUUUCUUAGUCAUAUGUUAGCCAUCUGCUGUAUGCUUGGAUACAGUACAGCAUUUAAAGAUAUUGAACUUUGUUUUGUAUCCAUAAAUAUUGUACAUCUGUGAUACUAGUGGUAGGUAAAGCUCUGUUUUAAUGUUAUUUCAACUUGCUGUUAUUUUUAUUCUAGUACAUGAAGAUCCUUAAAUGUCAUGGAAUUGGUUGGAUAUUUGGGUUUCAAAUAUUUAUACAUUGGUUACAUUUGUCUUCCAUGAAUUACUAGUCAUGAAUAAAAUAUGGAAAUAUUGA